UGCACAUGUACACUGCCACAUUAUCACAGUGCAAACUCAUAUUACCACAGUGCAAAGUUAUAUUUCGAAAAAAAAAACAUGAAAGUUCUAUUUUGAUACUUUUCUCUAUGUUUGAGUCCUAUUUAAAGUGAUUUCAAUUUUUUUCCCACUUUUUAUUUGUUCUCGUUUCCGCCGACAUAUAUACAACUCCGCAAUCUUCCAAUUCAGAUGCCAACAAAGUUUAACUUGUUCCUUCUAAUGUAAAGAAAAAAAAAACAUGUUGAAGUUUGUUCACAGGGAGCUUGAACCACUCAGCCCCGGCGGCCAAACGGAGGCGGCGCGUGAAGAAGAAGAAAUGGGAGAGAUAAGCUACCGCGAUCUGAACAAGCGGAUGUGGAAGGACUCGAUGCGGAUGCGGAAGCUCGGCGAGGAGCGGGAGAGCGCCGCCGAAAUGAAUGAAAAAAUCGGCGGCGGCGGCGACGGCGAGGGGGAGGAGGAUUCGAGGCGGUCGGAGUUGUCCCGGCGCAAGAAGAUGGCGAGGUCCCAAGACGCGGUGCUCAAGCACAUGGUCAAGAUUAUGAACUGCAAAGGACAAGGGUUCGUUUACGGCAUCGUUCCAGAAAAGGGGAAAUCGGUGACAGGAUCGUCCGAUAGCCUGAGAAAAUGGUGGAAGGAGAAGGUCAUCUUCGAGAAGAACGCUCUGGCAGCCAUAGUCGAAUUCUUCCCAAAACUCCUAGAAGAGACACCGCCAAUAACCAACUCCAAUAACUUCAACGGUGACAACCCAGCAUGUAGCAUCUUGUUCCUCCUCCCGGACUUACAAGAUGCUACAUUGGGCUCGCUGUUGUCUGCUUUGAUGCAGCAUUGUGAUCCACCACAACGGUGCUUCCCAUUGGAUAAGGGGUUGCCGCCCCCGUGGUGGCCAACGGGGACAGAGCUCUGGUGGGGCGAUCAAGGGGUGGUGUCAUUGGAGCAGGGCCCGCCGCCAUACAAGAAGCCACACGAUUUGAAGAAAGCUUGGAAAGUCACCGUGUUGGCCGGGAUCAUCAAACACAUGUCCCCUGAUUUAGACCGGAUGAGAGAUUUGGUCAAGCAUUCAAAGUCGUUACAGAACAAGAUGUCCUCCAAGGAAUCCGGGACGUGGUCUAAGGUCGUCAAUCGCGAAGAAGACAUCCUUAAACUCGUGACGCAAAAAACACAAAACAUUUUGCUCUGCGACAAGCAAGGCGAGGAAGAGAAAACGACCAAAUGUAAUCAACAUCAGGGUUCGAAGGAGAAGAGGAAAUGUGAGUUUGAACGUGAAGCGUCCACGGAGAUUGCAUUGUACGAAUGCCCGAACUUGCGAUGUCCAAAGAGUCGUUUAGGGUUUGGAUUUCUUGACAAAAAUUCUCGAACCGAACACGAAAAGAUCUGUUCAUUUUGCGAUGAUAGAGGUGAGUACCCUCAAUGGAUAGAGGAAGAUAUACAGAGAAGCUUGGAGGAGUAUGAUUCACACUUUGACAAUGGAGGAUUUGAGAAUUAUGGGAGACAAGAAUUAAGGUAUGAUCCAAUGAUGUAUGUGGACGUGAAUAUGGACCAAAUUCCAGCGCAGGAUGAGCAAGUUUCGAGUGAGGAAGUUUUUAAUUCUCUUUCAACAUCUGUUUGGGAUUUAGCAUACGAUGACCUUUAUCAAGGUGACUAAGUAACAAAUCAAACAAGCUAAUUAUAUUUAGGGGCCGGUUCCCAUGACAUUGAUUCAUGGGAUGAUCCGGGGAUACUUCGAUGCUCCAUUCGUAAAAUUGGCAGUUCCUCCCUCUCCUAACCCCCGGUAACCCCGAACCUAACACACCCUCGCCCCCUUCAAUUGCACCCCCGAAGUUAAUUUUGACUUUGGAGUUUAAAUUUGACUCCAAGUCAAAAUUAACUUGGGGGUAUUCG